AUGGACUUGCUUCCUCCCCCUACAAACCAUGGUAUUGACAUUGUUGGUGUAGCUGAUGGAGGAGAGGCUGGAUAUGGUCAGGAGGAUAUUCAAAUUUCUAAUGUUAAUAUUUCUAAAGGGAAAGAUAAAAUGGAUGGUCAGGAGUCUAUGUAUAAUGUUGAUAAAGAACCACCUGAUAAAAGGAAUCUUGACAUGCCUCAACAGGUUCCUCUAGAUCAUUCAAAAAGUGAUAAUUUGGAUGAGUAUAGGGAACCUGAUUCUGAAGAUGAGUAUGAUGGAGAUACUCAUUAUUUAGGUGAGGGUAUUGAAACAGGGGAAGAGAUAAAUAACUCUGAUCAAAUUCAAAAAGGCCCUUUGCUUCACACUUCUAAUGUUGAUGAUAUUAGAGACAUUACUAGUAAACAGGGCUUGUCACCUAGAGAACCCUUUGCUAACAGUUCUCAGUUGGAUUCUUAUAGAAUGAGGUUAUUGAUGGACUAUAGUUACAGUAACUCUAAUAACAAGAUUUGGAUAUUUUGGUCUGAUAAGGUGAAGUGUCAAAUUGUUGAUAUGGAUCAACAACAUAUAAGCUGUGAGGUUAUUCAUGAACAUUGCAGUGACAAUUUCCAUAUAACUUAUGUUUAUGCUAAGUGUAAAGAAUAUUUAAGGAAACCUCUUCGGGAUGGUAUGCUGAAGUGGUCUACAACUGUUAAGCCAUGGUGCAUUAUAGGUGAUUUUAAUGUUAUUACAUCUACUCAGGAAAAGUGUGGUGGUAGAGCUUAUAAUAUUAACAAAAGUUUGGAAUUCAUUAAUAUUAUAGAGUCUUGUGGUUUAACAGAUUUGGGUUAUCAUGGUCAAUAUUUCACUUGGUGCAACCAUAGAAAAGAUGGAGCUCGAAUCUGGAAAAGACUAGAUAGAGGCAUGGUUAAUGAUAAAUGGAUGGAAAAAAUGCCUAAAACUACUAUCACACAUUUUCCAUCAGUAGGAUCGGAUCAUUGCCCCUUACUGAUGGAAAUUAGUGACAAUAAGGAACAUGUGAUUAGAUAUUUUAAGUUUCUCAACUGUUGGACUGAGAAUUAUUCUUUUCUAAAGACUGUGGAAAGUUGUUGGAAGAGGCAAGUUGAAGGUAAACCUAUGUGGAAAUUUCAUACUAAAAUGAAAAGACUAACAGCUACUUUAAGGUAUUGGUCUAAAAAGGAAUAUGGAGAUGUUUUUGCAAAAGUGAAAGAAUAUGAAGAAUUAAUCAGCAGUGUUGAAACUUCCAGUAUUCAGGACAAUAGUAAGGAAAAAAGAGAAAAUUUGCAUUAUGUCAAUGCACAGUAUAUUAAGUAUCUUAAGCUGGAAUAUGUAAUUCUUCAACAAAAAACUCAAUUGCAUUGGCUAAAGGAAGGGGAUGCUAAUUCAAAAUAUUUCCAUGCAGUGUUGAGAGGAAGAAGGAAAAAAUGA